AUGACCAAGCGCAAGCAGCCGGACGGCGAGGCUGCCACGCAGGCCGCGGCAAAGCCGGCGAAGCAGCGCAAGCAGCACAAGAAGAUCCCGAAGCAGCAGCGCGUGGGCAACUUCCGGAGCUACUACACGUAUCGACUGGGCCAGAAGCACCAGGGAGAGCUGGAGGACGACCCGCGUCUCGCUGCGCUGGACAAGAGCUGGUUCGAGGGCAAGCGCGGCUUGGAUAUUGGCUGCAACUCGGGGGAUUUGACUAUUGCCAUCGCCAAACGUCUGGCACCUAGUUAUCUGCUGGGCGUGGACGUGGACCCGCAGCUCAUUUCCAGAGCCAGGGGACAGUUGAAGGACAUUCUACGACAAGAGCAGAUCGAGAAGGCGUUCGGCGACAUUCCCGCAAGUGACGUGAAGGUGGAAGAUGGAGACGCGUUUGCGGACGAGAUGCCGCUGUCUUUUCGACUAUGGAAGCCGUCGAUGCAGACACAGGCAGCAGUUCCUAAAGCUAUUGGCAAGGCUGCUGUUGGGUACUUUCCGUUGAACGUGAUUUUCAAGCGCGAAGAUAUUGUGGCAGACGCACAUGCCGGCAAGGAGUACGACUUCAUUACUUGCUUUAGUGUUACAAAAUGGAUCCACCUUUUCCACGGAGACGAAGGCAUCAAGAAGGUGUUUGCAAAGAUCUACGAGUUGCUUGCACCUGGUGGCCGCCUGAUCAUUGAGCCACAGCCGUGGAAAUCGUACCACAAGCGGAAGUUCACGUCAGACGUCACGGCAGCAAACUACCCGAAGAUUCAGCUGCGGCCAAAGGACUUCCCCAAGCACCUCGUCGAGACUGUUGGCUUCCGCAGUUGCGAGUUCCUCGAGGUCUGCCAGACUUCCUCCAAGGGGUUCCGGCGCCCAGUCUACGUCGCCCAGAAAUGA